AUGGCCGCAGCGGAGAAGGUGUGCGAGGAGGGGACGGAGGAGUACGAGAGCGACCUCGACGACGGGCCCCUCUCCGCGGCGAGGCGUCGCGGGGCGGCGAGCGACGACGACGAGGAGGAGGAGGGCGGCGGUGGGAGCAGGAGGGGUUCGCCGCCGCCGUCCACGAUGUUAGGCUCCGGGUCCGACGACUCCGGCGGGCAGGGCGCCGCCGAGCUGUACGACGACGAGGAGGUGUACGGCGGCACUGAGGAGGAGGAUGAGGAUGUGGAAUACGAGGACGUGCGUGAGGAGUACGAGGCGGGAGUUGGGGGUGGAGAGACUGGAGUAGUGAAUGGUGAGGUGUCUUUGGCGGCGGAUGAAGGGAAGUACGAGGACAAUGAAGCGGCAGCGGAAGAGGAUGAAGAGGAGGAAGCGGCGAUGAGAAGAGAGGAAGUGAAGAAGGCUAGUGACAGUGAACCCUACGCCGUGCCGACGGCAGGCGUCUUCUACCAGCACGACAUUCGCUUUCAGGGCCAGGAAGACGGCAACCGCGGUUACCAAAGGCAAAUUUUUGGUGGUCAAAAGAUAUGGGAUCCUAAAGAAGAGGCAGUUUGGGCGCAUGAUCUGUUUAAUGAGAUAAAUUUCCAUGAUAAUAAGCAUGACAAUGCGAGUAUCAUGCAUAGUGUUGACAAUGAUUAUUUUCAUGGAUGCAAAUCCUACUAUGACACCAAAAUCGUUGAAAAUGUAAAGCAGACACAAUUUCAUUCAUAUGAUGGCAAUGCUAAAGGCUACAGUGAUGAAAGAAAUAAAUACAGAGAGAGAGGCUCUAGAACCAACCAAUCUCGUCGGACGACUUCUAGAAUCUCUUCAGCACAAAAUAAUACCAAAUCAUAUUCCAAAUCACAAGAUGCAGAGAUUUUGUACAAUGCAGUUUAUCAGCAAAAAUCAGUUCAACGACCAAUCCUACCCACACCAAGGGUGUCUGCUAAGAUAUUUGUUCAGAAAGUUAUGAGUACCAACAAAAUUCAAUCUCAUCCACAAACAACACUGGUAAGUUCAUCUGGUGAUGGUGAGGCCACUGCACCUCCUGAAUCAAACAGUUCUGUAGUGGUAUCAGCAGUAACAGGGCAUGAUGAUAUGAGCGAAGCAGAGAGGACUUAUUUUCUUGAUGGUGGUAGCCUUGUUCUUGGCAAUACAGGAGCAAGAGGCUCAAUGCUUGAUGACCCGGGUUCCAGUAACACUACAGCAAAAUUGCCAGUUAUGCUGUUUAGUGGCCUUCAUCCUAGGGGACCUGGUUUCACUUCUGAUGCUAUGGUUCUGCCGGAAUUUGUGGAUCAACGACGUGGUGGCAAUUUUGAAAUGAGACUAAUGGCCUGUGAAAGUAGGUCGCCAAUAUUGACUGUGACUGGUGCUACUGGGGUUCAGGAAGGAGCAAUCAGUCCACCUUAUUUUGGUAGUAAUUGUCUCCAACAUUUUGAACUUACAUCUCCAUUAGCAUCGCCAAGUGACCAUGGUGUAAAGAAAGAUCCUAUUUCACUGACUUCCCAAUAUCCUAUGUCACUGACUUACCAAAAAAUACCAGAGGUUAAAGGUCAUGAAUUUAUUAAUCUUCAAAACAGAACUCGCAGAAUUUGCAAUCUGUUGUCAUUUUGCCGAAUGGUUAAGUUCUUUCUCAAGACCAAGUCCUGCUUCCUUGUAAAGCUACAGAUUUUUCUCUGUCUCGUUCACCAGGUUUAUAUGAACUUCUCAGAAUAUGAUUUUGAUCUCUGCCCAUUUACUUGUGGGAACCCUUGCUCAGCUCUUCAGUGGUUAUUUGUGGUAACUCUUGCUCACCUACUCAGUGGUUACUUGUGGUAA